AUGAAGCCUCGGAUAGUUUUCCGAAUUAUUUUACAUUCAUUUUUAUUCUUUUUCAUAGCUGGAGAGGAAAAAGUUCGAUUUUCAGAUGACUUUGAGACACGGUCAGUUAGAAUUGCCAACAUUUUAGAUUUUUGAUUUCAAAAUUACAGAGCACGUCUUAUGACUUUGGAUAGAAAUGUGAUUUUUCACGCUGGUUUCAAUAAAAAUAUCACUUUUUUGAAUUUUGAAAAUGGAAAGGUGUAUUUCAAUAAUAACCUAUCCGAUAGUUUGACACAUUAUGUGAGAAAAAAUUUUUAAAAAAUGUUGCUGUAAUGAUUUUUGCAGGCUGAUUUUUUGAUCUACAGUAAGAAAGCGCAAAAUUUGACUGAAUUGGCUCAUGCGAACCAGCAACACUUCAAUAUUAUUGCUUACCUAACAAAAUACCAUUUGGAAAGAAGAGCUUAUUCUAUCAAAAAUACGGUACUAGAUUUUUGUGAAAAGAAAUUAAAAUUAAAAAAAAAAGAAAAUUACAGCAUUUUGAAAUCACCAAAAAGCUUGAACAAUUUGGAAAUUUCAAGAAAAAUUAUAGCAAAUUAUCAGAGAAAAAUUAUGGCUUGUUGAAGAUUCUGGAAAACCGAUUGUUGUAGGUUUUAUUAGAUCAACUGGGAAAUCGAUUGAAAAUAACCUCGACCUCACAAAAAUAAACAAAUUUUUCAGAACUCUGAAUGUAGAUUUAUUUAAAAAUCAGUGUACUUCUGACGAAUGUAUCAAUGGAGGAACUUGUAUUCCAAGAAGUGGAGCUGAAGCUUUGUGUCUUUGCCCACCACAAUAUGCGGUGAAUUUUCAGAAAACAGAACAGUUUCAGCAAAAAAAUAUCAUUUUAGGGUUAUUUUUGUGAAGAUGAUGUUGAUGAAUGCUUGGAAAGAGAACAGUGUGAAAAUAAUGGAACCUGUGUGAAUACAAUUGGAGGAUUUGAGUGAGUUAAAAAAAAACAUUUUAUUCUAUCCUGUAAAAUAUCCAGAUGCAAAUGCCUAUCCAAUUUUCACGGCCCAAAAUGCGAAUUUUCAAUGUCUACCUGUUCCAAAUCUCACAAUCUUUGUGGUCCCCAUGGAACUUGUAUUGAUCAGGAUACAAAAUAUGAUUGUCAUUGUCAUCCAGGUUUUCAAAAAUCAUCAGAUUUGAACAAUCCAUUUUGUGUUGAUGUUAAUGAAUGUCUCACAAAUCCCUGUUUGCCAGGAGUUCAUUGUAAUAAUUUGGAUGGAUCUUAUCAAUGUUUUGGGUGUCCGAAGGGAUAUAGAAGUAAGGUUCAAGCUUAACCUAAGGCAAAUCUAAGCCUAACCUUUUUCAGUGGGUGACGAUGGAUGUAUUGAUAUAAAUGAAUGUGAAAAAACAAAUGCCUGUUUCGAAGGUGUGACUUGUCGUAACUUACCCGGAUCCUAUGAAUGUGACUCUUGCCCGCCUGGAACUUCUGGAGAUUCCAAAACAAAAUGUGAAAAAAUCAAUCCUUGUGACUCACGCCCUUGUGAUUUGAACCUUCUUUGCGUUGAAAAUAUUCAUUCAAUGACAAAUGAUGGAUAUGAUUGCAUUUGUGAAAAUGGAAUAGAUGGGGGAGGAUUUUGUGUCAAAGAUGAGAUAUGUAGUUCAGAGACUUGUUCAAAACACGGAAAAUGUGCCGUGUUGAAUGAAACAAAUUACAAAUGUUAUUGUGAUGAGAAUUAUUCGGGAGAGAAUUGUGAAACGGUAAGAAUGAAGAUUUUUUUUAAUUUCAAAAUUAAAUUACCAUUUUUAAUCAAAGCUUUCUCCAUGUGCUUCUGUUAAUUGCAAAAAUGGACAGUGUGUUUUGCGAGAAAAUAUUCCACAUUGUAAAUGUAACAAUUAUUUCUACGGCGAAUCAUGCGAAAAUCAUGAAACUGAUUACGAUGAACAUUUCACCGAAUUAUCCGGACUUUUUGAACACCAAGUCAAUCAAAAAGGAGUUUAUCUCAUCAAAAACAUGUAUUUCCACAUAGAUCAACCAAAUACGGUAUUAAAAAUCAAUUUUGACUCGUUUUCUGGCUUUACUCAAAAUUCUACUGGAUGUCAUGAAGCGUCUUCAAGAAUUCUUGUAAGUUUUUUUGUUGUGAAAUGAUACUCAUUUUUUGUUCAGUUGUACGAUGGACCAAAUGAGAAUUAUCCAUUAAUGAAAAAUUGGUGUGGAGAACCGCCAGAUGUGAGUUUUUCAGCUCUUACUGAAGAAAUUAUUACAGUAGACUUCUAGGGGCCAACAAUUGGACAAAAUAUAACAUUCACCACAACUCAUGCUCUUAUGAAAUAUGAGGGAUAUGAAGGCGUUUUUUGGGGAAAUUAUGUGGUUGUUCCAAGUGGUGAGUGAAAAGUUUUUGGAAAUGAAACCAGAAAUUAUUUAGAUUUUUACAAAAUUUCGAAUCUUUUCAGAUUUGUGAAAAAAUGUAAUGAAAACAAAAUUAAAAAAAAAAAGAAAAACGCUCGAAAAACAAAAUAUUAAAAAAAUUACUUUUGAUCAGAGACAAAGUGAAAUUGAGUGAAGACAUACAGCAAAUUAGUUAUUUGUAUUUUUUUUCAAAAAACAAACUUGUGUUGUCUGCGCUCUCUCCAAUGUUAUGCUAUACUAUGGGAAAUAUUUAUCUCUCUUUCUCUCACUCACUCCCUUUUUUUCUCUCUCUCUCUCUCCUCCUCCUCCUCCUUAUUGCUCUGCUAAAUUACUAUUUUAUUUUUUGCGGUUAGGCAUCGUUUUAUAAUAUCAAAAUGUUUCUUUAAAAAAAUCAAUCAAUAAUUGUUUCAGAAUGCGGCUAUCGUACUCAAAAACCAGGACAUCUUUUGGUGCCUGGCUACAAAAAAGAUAUUAUUUGUGAAUGGUUCAUUUCUGCUCCAAUCAACAAUGUGAUCGAAAUCACAGUUCCAAAAAUUUUCAUGGAUUCUUCAAAAUGCGAAGACAAUAAACUGGAAAUCCACGACGGAAUAGCAAAUUCAUUCGAUGCUACAAUCGCAGAAAUUUGCAAAAAUUCAACAGUUGUUCAAAAAUUCACAUCUACUGGACCAUAUUUGACUGUUUCAUUCUCUGCAUUGUCUUCAGAAUUUCAUGAAAAAACUGGAGGAUUUACAAUGAAAUAUAUUUUCAAACAACAAGAAAAAGACUAUUCUUGUGGAGCGAUAAUUGAGAAUCAAAAACAAACUGGAUGGUUUGGAUAUAUUGAAUCACCAAAUUUUGGAAGUUUAUAUCCGCCAAAUUCUGAAUGUGAUUGGAAAAUCAUUGGAGGAGAUUUGGAUUUGAAACGAACUGAUGUUGAGAUUCAAUUAACUAUUGAAUAUCUUGAUAUUCCAUCUGAAAUCGAAACAAUUUAUGGAUCUGAAGUAGUUCAAUUGCAUAGUAUUGUCCACGAUGAAGGAUCUUAUCAAUCACCACGAACCACUAAAGCUAUUCAUUGUUUCACUGAUAAAUUGCAAAUUUUCACUGAAGAUCGCAAAAAAUUCUAUCAAGAAUUAUGUCAGAAAAAAGAAAACGAGGUUCUAGUUGUUGAAAGUUCAAAAGUCAAUUUGGAAUUUCGAACAAAUAAAACUGUUCAAGGAAAAAGGUUUUCGAUUACGAUAUGAUGUUUUAUGUCAGAAAACUUUUGAUGGAAAUGGAACUUUUGAAACAUGGAAUUUUGGAAGGAAAAUGCAAGCUGAAACUUGUGUUUAUAUUAUCAAAACACAUAUGCUUCAUAUCACUAAUGUUUUGUAAGUUAAUUGGUUUUUUUUUUUGAAAAAAAAGGUUUCCGAAAAAUUGUAUUUUUUUCAGAUUCACAUCGAUUCUUAUGAACACUGAUUGUAACGAUGAAAAUCCCAAGAAUUAUGUUGAAAUUGAAACAUUUGCUUAUGGCAAAGCCCCAAUUCGAUACACUUGUAAAAAUGAGACAUUCCAAGAAAACACAUUAAUUCAAGUUCAAUCUCAUGAAAAAUUCCGAAUCAAAGUUGUUAGUGAUGGAAGCGAUAAAUUUAAAGGAGUUGCUUUCAAGUUUUAUCGAUCUGAAACUAGUAAUUUUCAAUACAUAUCAAAAAUUAUCUUUUUCACGUAAAAAAAAUUUCGUUUUUCAGAAUGCGGAGGACUUAUCGAUAACAAUUUCCAAAGUCCCUUAUAUCCAGAUAAUUAUCCAGCAUUUAUUUACUGCAAAUUUAUCGUUGUUCCAAAAAGUUCCCGAAAUUUUGUGACUUACCUGAUCACAUUUGAUGAUUUCGAUCUACCGUAUUCUUGUGAACAUGGAAAUCUGACUAUUAAGAGAAGUCUUGCAGGAACUGAAAAGCUGGAAAAUUAUAUAACACUUUGUGGUAAUACAAUUAUACCAUCACCCUUGAUUGUUUUAACAAAAUAUUUGUCGUUUGAGUUUUCAACUUCAAAUGUUUUGAAAAGAGGAUUCAAAGGGAGGUAAGCGAUGAGUUUUGAAUAUUGAUUGAUUUUUUUUGAUUGACCAGCCAUCAAUUACAGAGUUGAAACACUGGAAUAUACUUCGACAUGUAAUAGAACAUAUCAUCGAGAACGCGGAUUAAUUCUAAGAACAGGUUUAGAGAAAGAAUGUACCUAUAAAAUUGCAGUUGAUCAUGGUCAAAAGAUUGUUUUGGGCAUUCGUAAAAUGAACAUUCCUUGUUCAACAUCGAGUUUCGAAGUGAUUGAAGGUUCAAAUUCCAACAAUUCAUUUGAUCUUUGCAAUGAAAAAAGAAAGAGGAACAUUGAGUAUUAUCGAUUAUUUUCAAAUGAAGCCACGAUCCAUUUUAAAACAACGGAUCCGGAAAAUAUUUCAUAUUGGCUUCUGUAUACUGUUAUGGCUGGAUGUGGAAGUACACUUGAAGCAUAUCAAGGAAUAGUUGCAGCUCCGCAGUAUCCUCGAAAAGAAAAUCGCGAAGUAAAAUGUGAUUGGAGAAUUGGAGUUUCAAGGGGUAACAAGAUUAAUUUCACUAUUAUAAGUGUUGAUGAGCUAAGUGGAUAUCCAGAUGAGAAAUGUGAAUCUGGUGUUGCAAAUAGUCUUGAGGUUUGUUGAGUGGGAAAAUUAUGAGUAACAUUAACAUUCUAAUAAUCUCUAGAUAACUGAAAACAUUGAUCUGAAACGCAAAACGCAUGGUUUAUUCUGUCAUCGAACAUCCAAAAUGCCAUCAAUAAUUUCGGAAACCAACCACAUUGAUAUCAAAUAUAUUCAAGAUCCCAAAUUGAAUCAAAAAGUGAGUGGAUUCUACAUUGAAUAUACAACAUAUUGCAAGAAUAUCGAAAUAUCAAAAUCACAUGGAGUUAUUCAAUCUCCUGGUUUUGAAGAUGAGGAAUCAUAUGAGGAACAAGAUUGUAGUUGGAAUAUCAAAGUUCCAAUGGGAAAUCGUAUUCGAGUUUCGUUUGUGAAGUUUGAUGUUGAUCGGAUUGAUACGGAAUCUGAAGAAUGCGUUGAUAAUUUUUUGAAAAUUGAUGAAGUGCAUUUUAUGAAUGCUACAAUUGAAACAUCACAAGGGUUUACUCAAACUUCAAAAAUUCAUAAAUAUUGUGAUUUAUUCGUCCCACGAGAAGUAAUAUCGAGACAUAAUCAAAUGCGAAUUUCUUACCAAUCUGCAUUAAAACAAUCAAAUAAAUUUAUGCUGCAUUAUGAAGCUUUGGGAUGUGUUGAAGAAAUUUAUACAUCAAAAAGAAUUCUCGUGCUACGAAAUGACAUUGAUGAUGAAUAUGAAAGAUUUGAAUGUCAAUAUCAUAUCAAAGCAAAUCCCAAUCAACGAAUAACAGUAUUGAUCGACUCAUUUGAUGUGAAACAUAACGAAAACUGCAUAAAUUUACCCCAGGACACUUUCACAGGGGUCAAGAUAUUCUUGGGCUCAUCAAAUUCUUCUGGACAUCCAAAAUAUCACCCUUGCGCGGUCACUAGUCAAACAGAAUAUGAUCUACAUACAAAUGAAGGGUUUAUUCAAGUUUUGAUGAAUCGAAAUUCUUUCAAAUAUAAUCAACAAGUGUUUUUGAAUGCUUCAAUUGUGAUCAAAGAGAAAACCAGUGAUGAUCGUAAUGGAGAAGUUAUUGAUUGUGAGUUGCUUAAAAAACAAGUAAAAAAUUUUAACUGAAAACAUUUUUUUUUGCAGUAUCUACUCAACCGCAUCAUACCAUAAUGAGUCAAAACUAUCCAAAUAUUUAUGAUUCAUCUAUAAGAAGUGAAUGGUUAUUAAAACCAGCUGAUGGUUAUAAUGUCAAGCUGAAAAUUUUGAAUUUUACACGACCAUUUGCGACUGAAAACCAUCAUUGUGAUAAGGAUUAUAUGACAGGAAAAUUGACAAUUUCUUCUAAAUAUAAGCGGUGAGACUUUUGUGAAAUUCAUUUUUACCGAUUUGUGACGUCCAAAAAUGUUUGUUUUGACCUAAUUUGUUUAGAUCACAACGUUGCGAUGUAUCAGAUGAUAUACUUUCUCACGAUGUAACCAAAGUAAUAUUUGAAGGUGCAGACUGGAAAGAGAAUGAUGGGCACAAACAAGAAGCUGGUUUUGUUUUGAAAGUUGAACAAAUUUGUGGGACAAUGACUUAUGCUGAGAGUGAAGAGAAAACUAUUCACCUUGAUUUAGUUGAAAAUGAGACAUGUAUGAUUGGUGUAUCACAGUGGGGAGGUAAUCAAAAAACAUUUUUAAUAUUUAUUGAUCUUAUAAUUUCAGAUAAUGGUGUUUUCGGAAGUCUUGAAGUUAUUGAAGAAGUCGCAAACAAUUCGUUGAUUGGCAACUUUGAUGAUAAAUUUAGCUUGGAGGUUGAUGGGAAAUAUAUGAGCCUGUCUUCAAAAUCAUUAAAACAUGUUAUUCAUUUUCAAGCUUUUCGAUAUGUUUUUAUUAGAGCGAUAAAUAUUAGAACAAGGACAAAAGCAAUUAUAAGAUAUCGAAAUUCACAGCUUGGUAGGCAUUGGGAAAAAAAAUGAAAUGUUUUCAACAUAUUUCAGACUGCAAUCGUCCAAUGACAAGAGAGUACUCAUUCUUCACUUACACUUUGGAUCAUUCAAAAGAAUGUGUUUGGAUUUUGAAUAACACACUGGGAAAUACCGUGUCUCUAACUAUCUCGUAAGUUUUUUUUUUCACCUUCUUCUCUUUUCAAGUUUUUUUGCAGCUCUGAAAAUUUUCCAAAUUCACCUCAUUGUACUGAUUCAUUUAUCGAAAUCAGAGAGACAAGCAGUAUUGGAAAAUUACGGUAUCGAAAAUGUGAACCUAAUUUUAAAGAAACAUUUGAAGCAACAAGUUUAUAUAUUCGAUUCAAGUAUACACAUGAUACAAUGAAUAUUAAAAAGUAUUCAAUAGAUUUGGAAAUGAGUAAAAUACCUGGUGGAGAAACGGAUUCAAGGAUUUUGCUACCACCAGUUAUUGAGAGUCCGCAGAAGUUUAGUUGGCAGAUUUCCUGCGGGGUGAGUUUUUGACAGGGAUUUCCCUGAAAUUUUCUGAUUAAAAAAAAAACAAAAUAUUUUUUGAAUAUACAUAAAAUUGCAGCGCCAUUUCGAAAUCAAGACUUUCGAUGUUGUUUUAUCACACGGUUCGUAUAUCAAACUCUCUCAAUUAGAUGAUGAUUCGGAAUCUGAAAUUGCUGACGGAAAAAUACUAACUGGUUUCCCGGGAAACGAAAAAUUCGAAUUCCAAGUGGAAAAAAUGAAUAUCGAAGUCUUUAUGAAACCAAAAGAUGAUUUCAAAUUUGAAUGGUCAUGUUCACGUCGCUAUAUUCACUGGGAUAUGCCUAGAGAAACUGAGAAAUAUCAUUGUGGUGAAGAUCUGACACCAACUUGGGACUGGCAAUCAUUCACAAAUCCACUACCACCAAAUCAAACCACUGGUAUUAUUACUGAUGAAGAAUGUCAAUGGAAAAUUCAACCAUCUCAAUUUUCGUUUUCACAAAUUGAAAUGAAAUUUGAAUAUUUGGAUAUGUUUAGCACAUUGCAAUGCUGGUUUGAUUGGGUGAAAAUUUAUGCAGGUCAAGAGUGAGUUUUGAGUCGUAUUUGAAAAAAAUAAACAUUUGGAAUUCCAGAUGGCCAAAGGAAACGUUGUGUUACUCACGGGAUCUUAGUAAAACCUAUACCUAUGAUCAAAAUAAAAACGUAGCUAUCCAUUUUCAUGCGGAACGAACAACUGAAAAUGACAAACCUUUGAAAGGUUUCAAACUUUUGUAUCGAUUGAGUGAGUUUGAAAAUUUUUUAAAUGAAUUCUGAUUUCAAAACUUUACUCACCUCAGAAUGUGGCGUAAAUUCCGCUGAUAUUUCUUCUCCUGACGGUAGUUAUGAAUAUUCAAUUUCAAGUCCACCUUGGAGAAAUGAUGAAGAUAAUGUGAACUGUGAGUGGAACUUGGGGUCUUCGAAAAAUCGGAAGAUUAAUGUGACAAUUGAAAAUUUGCAAAUGGAGAUUUGUGAAGGAGAUAAUUAUUUGAUGGUGAGUUUUCACAACGACGAUAUUCAAAAAUACUAUUUUUACAGUUUGACGAUUUCACGAUCAAUAAAACAUAUUGCGAACAAGUUUCAAAUGACAAUAAAAUAUCAUUUAUAACAUCUUUCAACAAAAUAAAAAUCAAAUAUUUCUCUGAAAACCAGGAAAAUCUUGGAUUCAAUUUAACAAUCAAAGAAGCCGCAACAGAAUGUCCUGGAGAUAUUAUUCAUAUAACAGAAGACCAUCCACGUGGAAUAUGGUCCCCAGAAUAUCCAAAAUAUAUUCCACCAUCUUCUUCUUGCGCCUACAUUAUUUCUGCUCCAAAUGGUCAUCGAGUUAUGCUAACUUUUAAAGAAUUUGAAAUGGAAGAAAAAGUCGAUAAAGAAUUUUCGGAUUAUAUUCAAGUUCGAGAUGGACCAUCUGAAAGAUCGAAAAUUCUUGGAACUUAUAGUGGAAAAGAAUUACCAUCAAGUAUUUUUUCAACUGGAAAUUUCAUGUUUAUGAGAUUGCAUACUGGUAAAGAUUCGAAAAGUCCUAGAUUUAUGGCUAUGUUUGAAGUUGCAAAAUGUGGUGGAACUUUGAGUUUAUCAAAAAAUAAUGAAAAAGAAGAAUUGAAAUUGAUGUCUCCGACGAAUUUUGAGCCGGGAACAGAAUGCGAAUGGGUUAUUAGAAGUCCAAAUCAACGUUUGGUCGCUUUCAAGUGAGAUUUCGAGAAUAUUUAUUUUCUCAAAAAUAUGUAAAAUUACAGAAUUGAAUCUUUACCGAAUGAUGAAUUUUGUCAAAAUAAUAAUAUUGUUAUCUCAUCACGUGGUAAUACACAUUAUAAUGGAUCUGGAUGUUUGGAUACAAAAGGUCCUUAUGAUAAUUUCCUGGCUGUUUCGAGUAAAAUCAAUGUUGUUUUUAAUAGUAGAAAUACAACAGCGGUGAGUUUCAGGAGAAUGUAGAUUCUAAAAUUUCAUUUUUCAGAAGCCAAAACACCCUGCAUUCAUUAUCAAAUUCCGACUAAGCGUUGACGGUAAAUCAAUAAAUAAAUCGAUCAAUUCUCAUCCAUAAACAAAAAUUUUUCAGCUUGUGGUGAAAAAAUCACAAAACAUUCUGGUUCAAUCAAAUUUCCACAUCAUAAUGAAAAAAUACUGCCGCAUUUAAAUUGUGAAUGGAAUUUCAAAAGUGAUCCCGGAAAUGUUUGGAAACUCGAUUUGGAAUUUUUCGAUGAUAAAAGAACAAAUAUUUUCUCUUCUGAAAAUUGUUAUAAGGAUUUGCAGGUUUGAAAACCUCUCGUUGUUAAAUUUUUUCUGUUGAAAAUUCUGUUUUCAGAUUAUUGAUUAUGUCGAUGAAGCUUCCUCAAGUCAAACAAUUUUCUGUGAAAAUAAGACCUCUUUCAUUUCUUCUACAGAUUCUUUCAAAAUUCUUUAUGAUGAUCAUUUCACACGGAGUUUGAUUGGAUCUAACGGUUAUUCUCCUUUAUUUGAUUAUUAUGCAAGAUUCAGAAUUAUUUAUGAACAGGUUAGUUAUUUUCUUAUAUUCAGAACUUCAAGAAAUCAAGAAAUUUUCAGAUUCCAAGAGAUACAUUUAAUAGUAGUUGCACUUAUUUGGUCACUGAAGACUCGUCAUGGAAAUUCGGCACGAACUCCACUGUUAAUUUUGGUAGAUUUUGUCAUUUAUCAAUUCCAAAAUCUGAAGAAUUCCCAACAAUUUUGGUGAAUUUUACACGGUUUGAAGAUUCAAUGCAGUGGAAUUGGUGUAAGAAGACAAUGGCGCAUUUGAUUGUUAGAAGUGAGUGAAUUUCGAAAGUUUUUUGCACACAAAAUGCUUUAUUUUCAGCUCCAUCUUUUGAAUCUCUCUAUUGUAAAUCUACAUUUAGAGAAAACAACAAUAAUGUUAUGCUCUUCAACAAUGAAAAUUUAGAUUUACUUAUCGGAAGUCCAAAUUAUAACAAUUUCGAAAUAGAACUCUCAAUUAGUUUUUUAAGUGAGUCAGAACCCGUCUGCUCAAUAUGAAAAUAAUUUUCAGAAUGUGGUGGUUAUAUCACAGAACCCAUGUACUCACAAAUCUCCAAUCCAAAAGCCGGACCAUGUCAAUGGAUUUUUGAAGCCCCGGUUGGACAAUUUGUUCAGAUUACUGUAUCAAAUAUUGAUUGUGGAACUUAUGGAGAAUUAACUAUCGGAGAAGGUUUGACGCAUAUUUAAAAAAAAAUAUUUAUGUUUUUUUUCAGGAAAAGAAUUCCACUUGAAUGUAAUUCAUAAAUAUUGUGAUGAUAUGAAUAUCGAUGAAGAGCAUUUCAAAAUUAUCACAUCGAAGAGCAGAUUUUUGACAAUUGUUUGGAAACUUGAUAAGACUGCGGAUGGUAAAGAAAAAUCAGAUGGGAAUCGAGAAACUACAUGGAAAUUGGAAUAUGAAUUUGUUAAUGAAAAUGAUGGUGAGGAUAAUGGAAUUUUAAGGAACCUUGAUCAUUAAAAAUGCAAUAUUUCCCAAUCAAUUUACAGUAUGUGGUUUCUCUGCAAAAGGAAUGAGUGGAGUAAUUCACACUAACAACUAUGGUGUAUCCGACUACCAAUCUAAUCAAAAUUGUGAUUGGUUUAUCCAUGUUCCAGUUGGCUAUUAUGUACGACUUCACUAUACAUUUUUCGACAUUGAAAAAUCGGAUAAAUGUGAAAAAGAUGGAUUAUACAUCACUCAACAAUUUGCCAACAAAGAUCAAUCGAAUCCACCGAUUUGUGGACAUGAAAAUCCAGUUGAUUUCAAUUCAAAAACGAGAAAUCUCAAAAUCUCUUUCAAAUCUGAUGGUGAAAAUAAUGGAAGAGGUUUUCAUUUGGAAUGGAGAGCAGUUUGCGGCGGAGUUUUUGAAGGUGAUGAAGGAAUUAUCACAUCUCCAAAUUAUCCAGAUUUAUCAAAAAAUGUGAAUACGGAUAAUUGUUAUUAUGAAAUCAAGUCGGAUGAGUUAAUCGAACUAAAUUUUGAUGACUUUGAUCUUAUGAUGACAUAUAGUUAUCGAUCAAGAGGUCAAUUUGGAAUGAUGCAUUAUCCUGAUUUUAAUGAUCCAUUGAACGACAUGUAUGAGGAAACAAAUUUUUGCUCGGAAAGUGUGCAAAUAUUUGCUGACAAUUUUCACAGUGGAAGAAUGUGUAAUUCACAAAAUACAUUUGAGAAUAAUCAUGCAAUUGUUAAAGGUCCUGUUAAAAUUAUACUUGAGAAUAAGAGCUAUUCAUUUUCAAGAGGUUUUAAAUUGUCUUAUAAAAAACUUGGUGAGUAUUAUUAUUUAUUUUUUUUUUGAAAGACUAGAAGAGAUUUUUCCAACAUUAGACUGCAACAAAAACAUCCAUCUCUCUGAAAACACAACCUUGUCUACAUUAAUCAAACGACCAAAUAUUGGAAAACAUCAUUUCGAAUGUAACUGGAAUAUCACAACAACUCCUGGUCGUGAUCUUGUGGUUUAUUAUGAAAAAUUCUAUACUGCUCCAGAAUGCAAUAAAGAUUAUGUCAAAUUUGACAGUAGGGCUUCAGUUUAUAUGGGAAAUAUAUGUGGAGAUGUUAAGCGGUGAGUUUUUCAGAAAGUUCAAGAAUAAAUUUUUAUAAUAUUUCAGAUUCCGAAACGAUCAUUUCAUUGUAUACAGUAAUGAUCUCACCAUAAAAACAGUUUAUAAUUAUGUAUCUGAAGAAUAUGCGAAAAAAUCAAUAGUAGAAUUAGCGAUUUUAUCAACACCCCAUUGUGGAUUUGCAGAACUAGCCGAAGAAAAUAAUUGGAAAACAAUUACUCCACCAAAAUCGUCUACCGGUAUUGGAUAUUCAUCAAAUUUACACUGUGAUUGGGAAAUUAGUGCUUAUCAAGGUCAACAACUUCGAAUUCGGAUAAAUUCGAUGGAUAUGAAACAGUCAGAAAAUUGUGAUAUUGAUCGACUCACAAUUUUGGAAGGACAUAUGAUUGAAAGCUCUUUCAAGAUUCUGGAAAAUGUUUGUGGAGGUUUGAAAUUGCCAUAUGAUAUUGUGCUAUCAAGUAAUGCUAUUGUGCAAUUUAAUUCGAAAAAUGGUGGAGAUGGGGUAGGACUCAAUAUAUCAUAUAUUGCUGAAAAAGGUAACGCCAGGGAGACUUGAAUGAUCUAAACCAAAUUCUCAUUUCAGCUGAAUGUGGUGGUUCUUUGGAAUUAUACGAAACACAAAAAACCUUAAAACUUGACUAUAAAAAACUCAAAAACUCGAAAAAAUGUCUAUAUGUUAUUACCACAUAUUACGAGCAAAUCCUGGUCAAAUUUUCCAAACAUCAAAUUCGUGCAAAUUGUGAAAAAAACUAUAUUGAAAUCCAUGAUGCUGAACCAUUUUCCCAAUGUGCCGAUAGAACAUGUUUUGAGAGAAACAAAAAUCGUCAUAACUACAAGUUUUGCGCAUCGGAUAAAAUACCGCCUUUGAUUUCGAAUAGACAACAAAUUCAAAUUACUGUUCAUUUAGAGAAGAUUGAAGAUGCCGGAUUUGGAAUUGAAUUUUCAUAUUCUGGAUUUUUCCGUAAGUAGAAUACAAUUCAAAAAAUCAAUAAAUUUUCUCUCUUUCAGAAUGUAACCGGACCAUCAAUCUUAUCGAUUUUCCAUCAGGUCGUUUAACAAAUCCAAAUUUCCCACAUGCUUACAAUACAUCAAAAAUAUGCACUACAAAAUUGGAAAACUCCACAUCACCACAAGACACUUCGAAAUUAUUGAUUAUUUUUGAAACUGUACUAGGGGACAGUGAGAAAAUGAUUGAAUUCAAUGAAGAAGGCAAAAAUAGUACGCAGUUUGCAGGAGAUUCAAAUUAUAGACCUGUUUUUACAAAUGGUGGAGCUACUGUAGAUGUAAGAUUUUUUCUAGUCUCUAACUUCUCCAAAUCUCUGUUCAAAUUUCAGAUGGUUUUGAAAAUCAAAAAAAUCGCUGAAGGUUUGGGAUUCGAUCUCAGUUACUAUUCAGUGAUCAAAGAGACCGAAAAUACAACUGAAUAUGCUAGAAAUCAUGAAUUGAGUGGAGUAUUGAGCAAUCAAUAUUUGCCAAAAAAUCCGGAAAAACAUAUGUGAGUGAAUUUUUUCAACAAAAAACUUCAAAAAACACACAUUUUUUCAGCUUUAUUAUUGAACCACCAAAAUCACUAGAUUGUGAAUUUAAAAUCAAACGUGAGACGUAUCUUGACUACGAUUUUUGUAAAGACGGUAAAUGAUAUUUUCCUUAUCUACAGUAACCCGAAAAAACAAUAAUUUUUAGCUACCAAUCUUAAAAUCGACAAAUAUAUCGACAAUAAAAAACACGACGAUUCGAGAACUUUCCCUGAAGGAUGCUUUGUGAGUCUAGAAACUAUUGUUUUUUUUCGAAAAAAAAAAUGGAUUUUCAGAAAAAAGAAAGCGUAAUCCUUUUGAAUAAGAGUGAGUUCAGUCGAUAUUUGAGAUUUGAAUUUUUCUGGAAUGAAAAAGUUCAAUCUGCAUAUAGAAUCACUUGGAAUUGCAAUAACUUGUAG